AUGUACGGAGACUUGGCCGAUAAGCUAGUGCUUGAAGCUAAGAGAACGAAGCAUUUACAUAGUCGAAGUAGCAAUGGCUAUAAGCUUCCCAUGUAUCAUGAAGAGCUCAUCCAAGGUAUCCUGAAAGAAGUGGGCCAACUGAAGAAGAACACAGAAUUCCUCAAGGAACAGCAGUCAAUAGGGAGCUUGGACGACAGAGUAUCCAAAUGUCAAUACUUCGUCACUUUGCUGUGUAUGGAGCGUAAUAAGCGUUGUCUACUAGCUUACCAGAAGAUGAGAGCUGACAUCCUCGACAGAUUUGCAUGGGAAAACAAUGGGUUAGACCUUCUCAACGAGCUUAAGGGAUCAGAACAAGUGGCGAGUGAUUUAUCACACGAUGAACAAGAAUAUCUGAAAGACUACCUGGACCUGCUGACCGAUUUGAAGAGUAGUGAGCUGGCAGAUAUCGAUCUAUCAGGAAGCUUAACACCUCCAAGCGACGUCUUUAUCGACGUCAGAGUGCUAAAAGAUGCGGGAGAGAUUCAGACAGAGUACGGAGUUUUCAACCUGAUCAAGGAUUCACAAUUCUUUGUUAGACACUCUGACGUCGAACGACUGAUCCAGCAGGGAUAUUUACAGAAGAUCUGA